AUGGGAGGUUGUGCUUCAGUAUCAGUGUCGUGUGAUCAAACACUGAACCAAGUUGGCCGUUGUUUGACCGAGAACGCAAAUCACAUACAUAACAAACUCGACGAAAACGUGGAAACUCUGCAGGUGUCAACGCAAGAGCUCAAGGUUCUCAGGGAUGAUUUGCUAACAAGAGUGUUUUUAGAGGAAGAGAAAGGUCACAUACGGCUUGCAACGGUUCAGAGAUGGGUCUUCGAGAAGAUCAAAGAAGUCAACGUUCUCAAGUCUAGAUCUAAUUUCAGAGUCGUCGCCGAGAGAGUUCCUCGGUCUAAAGUGGAAGAGAGGCUUAUCCACGUCCCUGUAGUUGGUAUGAAAGCAAUGGCUGAAAAGGUAUGUAGCAGCCUCAUGGAAGAUGAAGUUGGAACGUUAGGGCUUUACGGAAUGGGUGGUGUCGAAAAUGACUUUGAUGUUGUGAUAUGGGUUGUGGUGUCUAAAGAUCAAAAGAUGGAGAGUGUUCAAGAGACGAUCUUGUGGAGACUUGGUCGUUUCAGUGAGGAGUGGAAACACUUAAAACGAAGAAGAGAAAGCGUCAGAGAUCAAAGGAUAGGAGUCCCUUUACCUACCAGAAUGAAUCGAUGUAAAGUAUUGUUCACUACUCGGUCUAAGGAAGUGUGCUCAGAGAUGCGGGUUGAUGUUGAGAUGGAAGUCAAGUGUUUGGCUCCGGAUGAAGCCUGGGAGUUGUUUCGUAUGAGAGCUAGGGAUCUUACCUUAGAGAGUCAUCCAGACAUUCCUGGAGUUGCAAGAAAAAUAGCUGGAAAGUGUUAUGGUUUGCCACUGGCGCUCAAUGUUAUUGGGAGAUGA